AUGAGCAGGCUGAGACACACACACACCUUCCUGCUGACUCAGGCCCAAACACAUGCCCAGCUCCAGUCCUGUCUUCAGCCCCAAACCCUGCCAGAACAGGGCCCUGCCCAGCCCCAGUCCCAAACCCAAUCCUCCCUCCAGCACCAGUCCCAGUGGGGAGGCUGUGCUCUGGUCCUGCUGGUUGAGCUGAUGGAUCUCCAGGAGGCCCAGGUCUCUGCAGUGCUGUCAACUCUACUGGACAGGGGUGAACAGUGCCUGCUGUCCCUGAUAGAAGAGUAUGAAUCUGAACUCAGAGAGCCUCGUCUCUCCUGCUUGCUCACACUCCUCACCUCUAACCCCUGCCUGGCCUCGGACCCCAACACACUACUGACUGUUGUUGACCCCUGCCUGGGGCCUUCUGACUCAAUCUCAGUCCAAAAAAUCUCCUCAGCCUCCCCGCCCACAGACCUGACCAGAGGUGACCCAGAACACCAACACACAGGGGACCUCUGCACAGGCUGUGGGACGGCCCUGGCCCCGGAGGACCUGCCCUAUCUGGAGAUCCUGUGUGUUUCAGACACCAUCCACUCCCUCGACACACACCACACACCCUCUGCCUCCAAUGGAUUCUCUACAGAGCGAGAGGUGUGUGAGGGACGAGAGGCGAGGGAGGGCAGCCACAGAAAGACUCCUCAGAGCUAUGAGAAGCAGGGUUCUCUCAUCACUCUGGCCUGGAGCAAACCACCGGAUGGAGACACUGAGCAGCAGACAGGAACAGUAAUGUCUACUGCAACAGAGCAACAAGAGGAAGUGGGUGAGGUGAGUGUGCACUGUGACACACACAACACCCCCGGAUACACACCCUAUGACGCACCUGGACACAUACACUACAACGACACAACCAGAGACACAGACCAGGUGAAGGUGUUGGACUCGUCUCUGUUCCAGUACAGCUCUGAGGUUGAACAGCUCUUACCGCCUACAGACCAGCACCCCAUCACGGGCCAGGAGUUGGUGAUGGAGCAGUCAGAGAAGACAGAAACACUUUCUAAUGUGCCCACACACACCCCUAUCACACACACUGAGGAGCCUCCAACAUGGGGCAGAGCCCAGCAGGAGGCUGAGAAAAGGUGCGGAAGUCCACCUGUCGAUGAGGAACACACUGAUGACCUCACUGCUUUGGGAGCCAAUGGAAGUGCUUACCCACCCUCUUUGGGAGGGGAGAGGGAGGACAUGACAGAGCUCUGGGCCCUGAGUAGACCUGCACCCCUUACAUCAGCCCAGGAGACCCUCAACACCCCACACACUACUCUAGAGGGAGACAGAUCAAUGGAGGGAGAGAAAACAAUGGGGAGUGUGAUGGAGAGAGAGAGGACAUUGGAGCCAGUCUCUAUGAUGGAGAGAGAGAAAACAAUGCGCAGCUUGGUGGACCUACAGAGGAAGGUGGAGCAGAAACAACAGCGAGACAGAGAGAGACAAUUACUGAGGGUCCAGGAGCGGCUGUCAAUCAUUCAGAACAAGAAGUCCCAGGAAGACCUGAUGGGUCUCAGACAGACUGACAGACUCCGACACCUCACACAUAACCUGCCCCAGGCGGAUAAGAGCCAGCAGAAGACAGUGGUCAGAGAAAGACUGGAGCAGCUGAGGAGAGAACGCUCCUAUGUCAUGCAGUCCAAACGAGACAGGAAUACAGCAGGCUUCAAGGAGCUGCUGGGUCCAGUGAGACUCCACAGUGCAGAGACAGACGACACUGCUGACUCACUCAGGCUAGCCACCAGCGCAAGCUAAUUAUGCUAUUCCUACACAGCUGUCUCACUAGAAAUCUGCUGGUAUUUGCUGGUUAAAGUCCCACCCCAGCUGAUCCCCCCUCAAUCUGUCAGUCCCUACACUAUUACCCACCCUGUUUACAAGCCACAUUAGCCAUUUCUGGCUUCUUCUGUCAUUGGCUUAUACUGCAGCCUGAUAAGUGGAUGAACACAAAAACAGAGCUGAUGGUGACAGUUUAUUAUACAGUUUAAUUGUCAUCCUAACAAACAUGAGCAUCAUCAACAAUAACAUCAUUUACUAAAUAAAGCCCCUGUCUGUAGCGUGUCCCUCCAGUGGCCUAUAUAGCAUAUAUACAGUGACAGUCAGAUGACUACAUCUCUACAGUUUAAAGUAGCCUCAUAUCCACUCCAUCUGUACUGAUCUGACAGAACGACAUGAGAAAGGAAAUCCAUGUGUGGCCUAGUAAACCAUGCUGCUUUCACCUGGAUCAUGUUCAAUAGUGCACACUAAUGCAAAAUGUUCAAACAGGAAAUUAUUGUUUUUCCAGG